AUGCCGUCGUUUAAGCCCUUCGCUACCGCGGCCAACACUCUCCGGGCCCGCCUCAGGCCGUCCCUUCGCACCCGUGGAGGCGGAGGUGAUGGGCCGAGCCGUUGGACCAGUCCAGGCCACGAGGAACGGCCCAAGGGUUUUGCCUUCAGUCGUACGCCGCCGCCGCCUGGAGAGUCUCGGAAGUGGGAAGACUGGGAGCUGCCGUGCUAUGUUACUAGCUUCCUUACUAUUGUCAUCCUUGGAGUGGGCCUCAAUGCUAAGCCCGAUCUCACGAUUGAGACCUGGGCACACCAGAAAGCCCUCGAACGGCUCGAAUUGGACUCGGACCCGGCCCGUUGA